CUGCGCAUUAUAUCUCUCUCCAACAACACCAAGUCGUGGUGGUGGCUGGAUCCAGCGCUCCGAUGGAACGUGCUUCACUGUAUCGGACUCUGCACGACCCUUUUCUUCAAUGGAUAUGAUGGCAGUCUCAUGAACGGCCUACAAAGCAUCACCGCGUGGCAGGAAUACUUCAACUAUCCGUCGAGCAGUACUCUCGGCUUGAUGAACUCUGCUGGUUUUCUUCCCGGUCUUAUUGUUUGCUUUUUGGCCGACCGACUGGCCCAUAAAUUUGGCAAGCUUAUCACCGUCUGGAUAGGUUCCUGCAUCGCGGCGAUUGGCGCUAUUCUGAUUGGCCUGGCCCAGAAUACCGGCAUGUUCGUUGGAGGCAGAGCUCUGAUGGGAGUUGGGGUUCAGGGCACUCUUGUGGUCGCUCCAGCGCUCCUUCAGGAGAUUGCUCACCCUCGAUACCGUGCUCGAAUCGGCGCGCUUUACAUGAGUAUCUACUACUUUGCCUCCACAAUUUCAGCUGCCGUUUGUCGCGGCUGUCUUACUCUUCAAGGAGAGAAGGCAUGGAGAAUCCCCUGCCUUCUUCAAGUUGUUGGACCUGUGUUUGCCAUUCUUAUGACUCUGAAUGCUCCGGAAUCCCCCAGAUGGCUCGAGAAGAACGGCCGUUCGGAGGAUGCGCUACGAGUUCUGGCAAAGUAUCAUGCCAAUGGGGAUGAGAAUGACGCUCUAGUUCUAUACGAGCACCGCGAGAUCAAAGAAGCGCUUGCCGUUGAAGAGCUGAACUCCCAGACCAAGUAUACCGACUAUCUCAAGGGUAGCGGCAACCGCCACCGACUCUUGAUCCUUGUGAUCGUGUCUUUGGGAACGAACUGGGUUGGCAACGGAAUUAUUUCGUACUACCUGAGCCCCAUAUUGACAUCCCUGGGCAUUACAUCCACUAGCGAGCAGCUGGAUAUUCUGAUUGGAUUACAAGUCUUUAACUUCGUCAUCUCAGUUCUUGCAUCUAUGGCUGUAGAUAGGGUUGGCCGUCGCCCUCUUUGGAUCGGGUCCACCGCUGGCAUGCUCGUGUUCUUUUCUAUUCUCAUGGGCCUAUCGGCUGCCUUUGCCCAGGACCAAGUGCCCGCCCUCGGCAAAGCAAACAUUCCAUUCUUGUUCCUUUUUCUUGGAGCCUAUGACGUAGCAUGGACGCCCCUUUCUUAUUCCUACCCUGUCGAGAUUCUCACAUAUACAAUGAGAACCAAGGGUCAAGCCAUUUUCGUCUUCUUGCAGACGCUGGGUAUGUCUGUCAACACUUGGGUAAACCCUAUUGCUCUUGAAGCCUUGCAAUGGAAAUACUAUGGUGUUUACAUCGUUAUCCUCGUGGCCGUACUUGCCGUCAUCUUCUUUUGGUUCCCCGAAACUAAGAAUCUCACAAUCGAGGAGAUCGCCGUCAUCUUUGAUGGCGAAAGGGCCCUGGGUGGUACUGGCAGACCGGGAAGCGAAGAGGGUGGGAGAUCUACUCCGCCAAAGGGAACCGAUGAUAGAGUAGAGUUCACGGGACUUGAAAAGGCCUCCAAAUGA